UUUUUGGGGUAAAAUCACACAAUAAAGAAAAACCAGAGGGAUGCUUUCAAUUUUUGUUUUGUUUUGGUUGAGUGAUUGCAGAAGCGAACUAGAGAGAGAGAGAGAGAGAGAGAGAGUGUCAAGAAAGUCUUCUCUUUCACACCUUUCGUUUUCUCGAACCUCUUUAAAGAUGGUGGAGGAAUCUUGGGUUUGACAACUCAUUAACAGCCUCUUUUAAGCUGCAAGCAUCCAAGGAAGGUCUAUCAAGUUUGAUUUUCCUUUGAUGUGGUGUUAUACCCUUUUUUUUAACCUUGAUCCUCUGAUGAGAAAUUAAGCAGCUUUAUCAUUUUCGUCUUCAAGCUUCUAGAAAGGCAACUUCUUUUUUUGGGUUUGUGGAGAUGGGGUUUGUGAAAAAUGGAAAUUUGACUAUCUGGGUCUUUCCCAUUUUUGCUUCCAGGAUAGAUUAGUGGUUUUGUUCUUGAGUCUUGGGACUGAUUUUGUCUUUUGAAGGGAGAAAAUUAGGGUUCUUAUUUAGUAACUUUUGGGUUGUUUAAGACAUGGAGGAGAUAGAAGGAACCAACAGAGCAGCUGUAGAGAGUUGUCAUAGAGUUCUUAACCUCUUAUGUAGACCACAGCAACAAGAUCAUGGUUACGACAGGAGUUUGGUGUCUGAAACUAGAGAAGCUGUGUUUAGGUUCAAGAGAGUGGCGAGCCUGUUGAACAAAAGUGUGGGUCAUGCCAGGUUUAGAAGAGCCAAGAAACUUCAGACCCAUUUGUCUCAAAGCAUCUUCCUUGAUCCUUGUCACCAAAGAACAGAACUUCCAUCACCUCUGAAAACACCCGUACUCCGGUCUGGUUUCCAUGAAUUGAGCUUGAGACCCACAGAUUCCCUCACUUUAGGGACCCGGUCUUUCAGUCUAAACUCAGAUUCAAAAGCCCCUCUCCUUCAGCUUAGCCAGCAGGCAAUGCCUUCUUCAAAUUAUCCGAGGCUGUUUCCAGAGCAUCAACAGCAACAACAGUUACAUGAAAGGUUACAAGCUCACCAUCUCCAUCAGCAACAGCAGCAGCAACAACAACAGAAACAUCAAGCUGAGUUUAUGCUUAGGAAGUGCAACGGUGGGAUAAGUUUGAGUUUCGAUAACUCGAGCUGUACUCCAACAAUGUCAUCUACUAGGUCCUUUGUUUCAUCGCUUAGCAUAGAUGGUAGUGUCGCUAAUAUAGAAGGAAAGAACUCCUUCCAUUUGGUAGGGGUUCCGAGUUCAACGGAUCAGAGUUCACAACACUCUAAGAGGAAAUGCUUCAUGAAAGGAGACGAACAUGGAAGCAUCAAAUGCGGGAGCUCUAGCAGAUGCCACUGCUCUAAGAAAAGGAAACAUCGGGUUAGGAGAUCGAUCAGAGUGCCUGCUAUAAGUAACAAGGUCGCAGAUAUCCCUCCUGAUGAUUAUUCAUGGCGAAAAUAUGGUCAGAAACCCAUCAAGGGCUCUCCUUAUCCCAGAGGGUAUUACAAAUGCAGUAGCAUGAGAGGUUGUCCAGCAAGGAAGCACGUUGAGAGAUGUUUAGAAGAUCCGGCAAUGCUUAUUGUAACAUAUGAAGCAGAGCAUAAUCACCCGAAGCUGCCAUCUCAAACCGUUACAACUUAACUCUCUCAUUUAUCUUGUGGUCAAGCAAAAAACUUGUCAUGAAUGUUCUCUUUUGUGCGCGAUGAUCGACCUUUGACUUUGCUCCAAUAUUGUGAUAUAUGAUGGGGGGGAGCAGUGCUUUUGGUGGGGUAGAUUUUGCUUGCGAGAGUUUGCAGCAAUUGAUGAAUUUGGGGGUUCAGGGGUAAAUGUAGGAUUUGUCAAGACUCUUCUUUUCUCUCUCAAGUUUAUUGCUCUUAUUGAGUCCAAGUUUUCUUCUACCUAUGUAUCUUUUGGGUUUUUAUAAAAUAUGGAUGAUGUUAGAAUUUGGAGAUUUGUGUUGUGAUUUUGCAUUA